UGAACAUAUUUAUCCGCCGUCGUCGUCGAUCGUCGUCGUCAAGGCUAUAUAAACCUUAAAAGUUAAACCUUAAAAAGGUCGUCGUGAUGAAUUAGAAAUUUUUGUUUUUCAUAGAGUGCGUGCUAUUCACAAGACAAUAAUGCUACAUCGAUAGCUUAAAAGUUAAAGUCGAAGUCUUGACUCGAAGCCAGUUCUCUUGAUACCGUGGUCGAAGCUUUCUCCCUUCCAGGAGUAAUUGAUUCACUACUCACUAGGCCGAUUCAGAUUAGCUGAAAAGGCGCCUAUCGGCUAUCGGCAGUACCUACCUUGACCUACCUUGACCUACCUUGACCUAGCUACCUACCUACCUACCUUGACCUAUCAGUCUCAAUCUCAAUCGUAAUCUAGAAGUACUGCCUACUGCUAUUUGCAACUUCUUGAAAUACCUAACCUCAUUUGUCAUCAUGGGUAUCAAUAAUAAGGAAAAGGCGAUGGACUACGAGAACAGAGCAAUGACUGACCAACUGAGCUCAAAGGUGUCACGACUGAAAUCGCUGGCCUUCGACAUCGACAUGGACACGCGCGAGCACAACCGGCUGCUGGACUCGAUGGGCGGCGACUUCGACUCGACGGAGACCUUCCUGGGCGGCAGCGCCGGCCGGCUCUCCAAGAUGCUGUCCGGCGGCCGCGGCAACCGGCGCGUGCUCUGCUACACGGCCGGAGGGCUGGUGGCCGUGUUCGUCCUCUUCUACUAUGUGCUCUCCCGUAUAUCGUGGGGCGGCUCCGUGCCCAGUGCCGAGGCGCCCCUCUGAGCCGGGUAGGGUCGGCUGGAGGGGACCGGGUCGGCCGCGGGAGGGCUGAGGUGACGGUGAUAGGUGUGUGACAUUGCGCUGUGCCGUAUCGGCCGGGGUCGGCUGAAGGUGACAGGCGGCGGAGUACGGUCACUCGGACGUCAAACGUCGACCCCAGAGGUCACUGGCGCGCUGACAUUCGACGGACUCGCGGUGACAGGCGCGCCGCGGUGGUGGCGCCACCU